AUGGCAGGUGUUAGACUUCAGUACCGUCGCCGGAACCCAUACAACACGACCUCCAACAAUGUCCGUGUGAUCAAGACCCCCGGUGGCAAGCUCAGACUUCUACACAUCAAGAAGCGAGGAACAGCACCAAAAUGCGGUGACUGCGGCAUCAAGCUACCAGGCGUGCCUGCUCUCCGACCCCGAGAAUAUUCUACGACUUCCCGACCCAAGAAGACCGUUCAGCGUGCCUAUGGUGGAUCCAGAUGCGGCAACUGCGUGAGGGACCGAAUUGUGCGAGCGUUCUUGAUCGAGGAGCAGAAGAUCGUCAAGAAGGUGCUGAAGGAGACCCAAGAGAAGAAGACUGGCAAGAAAUAG